AUGGCAGACGUACCGUUUAUCAUUCAAUCGAUUUAAAUUACGACAUUGUAGAAACAGAGUCGCGGCAGCGGCAGUUUUUUGCAAACACUGGCUUCGUAAUGAUAUAGUAGCGCUUAUUAGCUUGGAUUUUUAAUAGACACGAGAUUAUUGCCUUUACCUAUCGUUUUGUUGCUUGAUGUUGGAUCGUUAGUGAAGCUACGAUACUGAUGUAUAGUAGAAGAUAUUGCAACAUGUGCGUUUUCAGCUACAUUCCAUCAAAUUCCGACGACAAAAGUAUCAAAAACCAUUGUUAAUUUUACACUUAUUGCAGUUUAAGAGAGAUUAUUGAAUCAAUCUGAGAAUUCCGUGAAAAUAGCUGACGAACAAUGAUUUAUGCUUAAUUUGCGCCGUGUAAAGCUAAAUUUGACGUAUUUUUAGAUGAAAAUACAUUUGGAGUGGAUAAAUGUACAUUCUAAGAAAUUAGAAAUUGUACUUUUGCGUUCGAGCGUUUCCUCGCAAAAAUGUCAAAAAGCUAUAUGGGACUACAUACAAGAGACUGAUAUAAUUUGAACUUAAUUGACGGUUUAAUGAUUGGAGAUUAAAGAAUAUAGUUAGUUCGGGUUACACUUUAAGAAAAAAUGUAUUGAUUUACUAUAAUAGUCAUUAGAUCAUUCAUAUAGACAUAUCAUAAGUGUCAUUUUGAUAUCGUGUAAUCGCGAGCGCUCGGUACAUAAAACACCGACAACGAGACGAGAUAACUGCCUUAAAUUUUCAAGAUAAGUGACAGUUUGAAUGACGUAAAAACAGAAACGUUUUAUCUCUAUAAAUUGCAUUACACAUUUGUACUAGUGUAUCUGUAACAUCUCUUCUGCAAAGUCUCCUAAUCAGUCUUUCCAAAAUCACGCGCAAAUACUGUAUCUAUUACAAGAACCGAGUUUAUUAAAAGCUGCAAUUAAAAAUUUUUUUAUGUAUCCGAAAAAUUAAAAUUUUAACAUUUUAUAGAAAUUGUGAAGUUUGUUGAUUAUAUAUUUGUGUGAAUGAUACAUUAAAGAAAGGAAUAGUAAUAAAAAAAUAAGAAGAAAAGAGAAAGAAGUUAACGACGAAAAUGAAAAAUAAUCAGCAUUGCAUGAUUCUUAACACGAGUGAGACCAACAAUUAUCAUCAACCGGUCUCGGCAAAACCUUCAGUUGUUUCAGUAUCAAGUAUCGACUCCGACGUCAGUGACAGAAGAGAUGUACGAGAAGAAUUAUACGCCGGGAUUUUUAGGAGGCACAGAAAAACUAUAUUGGUAUUAGGCAGUUUUCUCAAAAUGUUAAGGAAAUAUUUGAACAGAUUGCAUGAACUGAGCCGAAUAUACACCUUAAUUGCUUUAAGAUUCGAACUGCAUCAAAAAUUUUGGUAAUUUCACAAUAUUUUUCUGCAUUUUGCCAUGCGUUAUAGAAUUGUAUUUUCUCGUUUUAAAUAUACGUCGUUUCUCAUGUAAAAACAUGAUGUUCAUAUUUUAUGGCGUUUAAAAUGCUCUUUAUGCUUUUACAAUAGAUUGAGAGAGAAUUCUUUUGUAUAAUUAAAAAAAAAUGCUGUUAAAUGUAGAACCGCUAAUAUUGCCGAUACAAUUCGAAAUGAUUCAUCAAAUCGACUAUUACUUUAAUAUGUACUAAAAUUACUGUUAUUGUUGACGAGCUUAAUACUUAUUAAAGAUAUUUAUCUGAGAGCAUAUAUGUA